AAGGAACCAGAAGUAAAGUUAAUGCCUGAAGAUUUUUAUUACGAUAUUGAUGAACAUGUGUCCAAACCAGAAGUUACUGAAGAAUCAGGACUUCCACUUGAUCUCUUAGCUUUAAAACAUUCAUUUGGUUAUGAUUGUAAACGUCGUUGUAAUUUACACAUGCUAGAUGAGAAUACUUUGUUAUUCUUGGCUGGUAACCUCAUACAACUAUUAGAUUUACCCAGCAAAAAGUUAACUUAUAUUCGCAGUACUAGUGGUGGAGGUAUUGGUGCUCUAGCUGUGCAUCCCAGUAGGAAAUAUUUUGCUGUUGCUGAAAAGGGUCAUGCUCCCAAUAUAAAUGUCUUUGAAUUUCCAUCUUUAAAGUUGUUCCGUAUUUUACGUGGUGGUACUGAACAGAUGUAUUCCUCAUUGAAUUUCAGUCCUGACGGUGAAUUAUUGGCGUCACAAGGAGGGGAACCUGAUUUUAUGCUGACAGUGUGGAACUGGAAACAGGAACAAAUAAUGUUGAGAACUAAGGCAUUCUCUCAGGAAGUGUUCAGAGUAUCAUUUUCUUCUGAAUUAGAAGGACAGCUGACAACAGCUGGUACUGGUCAUAUCAGAUUUUGGAAAAUGGCGGAUACAUUCACAGGUUUGAAGUUACAAGGAGAAUUGGGAAGAUUUGGUAAAACUGAAAUCUCUGAUAUUGAAGGUUAUGUUGAAUUACCUGAUGGAAAAGUUCUGUCAGGAUCAGAAUCAGGCAAUAUGCUACUAUGGGAAGGUGGCCUGAUCAAGGUUGAGAUAGGACGUAAAGGUAAAAAGUUAUGUCAUCAUGGUGCUAUACAACAGAUAUUAUUAGAUGAAGGUGAACUGAUGACUAUUGGUAUUGAUGGUUACGUCAGGAUGUGGGAUUUUGAGACAAUAGAUACAGCUGAUACUAGUGAUGAUACUGGUCUUUUUGAAAUGGAACCAAUGAAUGAAUUAUGUGUGGGACCCCAUGUUCAAUUAAAAUAUAUUGUCAAGUCUAUUGAUGAUGAAAAUGAAGCCACUAUCUGGUAUGCUCAGGAUGGUAAUGGUGCUAUAUACAAACUAGAUUUAUCAUUCUCCCAUACUUCACUAGCACCUGAGAAGAUCACAAGUUAUCAUGCAGGUCCAAUAUCAACCUGUAUAACAUCUCCAGUAACUCAUCUUGUAGCAACUACUGGUACAGAUGCAACUGUCAGGGUAUAUGAUUAUAUGACAGAAAAACAAGUUGUAGAUACAAAAUAUACAUCUUCUGGUACUGCUAUGUUUUGGGCACCAAAAAUAGUAAGUAAUAUGUGUAGUACAAUAUAUGUGGGAUUUGAAGAUGGUGUAAUAAGAAUUCUAAAUGUUACUGAACCAGUGACUGUGCCAGGCCGUAAACACAAAUCAGAGUGUGAAAUAUCAUUAGUGCAGGCAUUAAAACCACAUAAAAGUCAUGUAACAUCAAUUGCUGUGGAUGGAAAAGGGGAGAUUUUAGCCACAGGGGGUGCAGAUAGUACUGUAUUUUUUAUUGGUAUUGGUGAAGAAUAUAGUCCUAUUGGUUUUGUUUCUACACCUGCACCAGUUACACAAUUACAGUUCUCACCUGAAAAAUUUUCUAAGUCGACACUAUUGGUUGUGUGUGAAGGGGGUAUAGUGGUAGAAUAUGAUAUAGCUAACCUGGAUAAGCUAGAUACAGCACAUACUUAUCAUAUACAGCAUCUAGAAAAUAGAAAGUAUACUUUUAGAAGUAUUAAAUCCAGACUUAGGGUAGAAGAAUUAGAAAGAUUUAGAAUAGAAGAGGAAAUUAGGAAGAAGAAAGAAGAACAGGAAAGAAGAAUUAGAAUUGAGAGAGGUUUAGAAACAGAAUCAGACAAUGAGGAAGAAGAACCAAUCAAACAAACAGAAGAAUGGAAGCCUUACAUACCAGAAGAUCCUAGUCCUAUUUUACAAGCUUUUUAUUCAUUAAAAGAAAAUCAAUUUUGGCUUUCUAUGGGUGAGUUUGAUGCUGGUUAUUUAUAUGAGUGUAAAUUUGCUAAUGAAGCUGAUAAAUCUAAACUGGUUUAUGAUGAACCUCUACAAGCUAUACCAGUAGUAGAUUCAAUUGAUGUCCCUAUUAGUAUUAUAAGAUUCAGUACAAAUGGUCAACAAGUGAUAUUUGGUAUGAUGAAUGGUAAAAUUAGAAUACAACAAUUAGAUGAACCAUUUGACAUUUCAACCAUGGCUGCAUAUUGGAUGUUGAGUUUACAUGACAAUCAUUAUGGUCAUAUUACUGGAUUAGCAAUGAGUUUUGAUUCAUCCAUGCUAUUAUCUGUUGGUGCUGAUGGAAAUUUCUUUAGUUUUGUGUACAUGGAACAGUUGAAACUUGAGGAACAAAUCAAAGCAAAUAAAGCCAAAAUUCCAUCCGCUAGAGUGAAUAUUGAUCCUGAAAGACAAAUAGAUGAUAUUGAUGAUCCUAAUGCAUACAGUAUUGAAGAUGCAAAACAAAAAGCAGAAUAUGACAAAUUAAUGAAACAAGCAGAAGAAAAAAAACGUGAAGUACGAAGAGCUAUAGCUAAAUUACGUCGUCAAUUUAAAGCCAUAUUAGAACAGAAUGAAGAUUUGCCAUCUGAUUUACAACUUGAUAGAAUGGUGGGUAUUUUGUGGUAA